AGAAAAGUCAGCAGUAUAAUUAUCAACAUCGCAUCAGUACGUUUGUUAAGGUUAAAUGACAACGAAAUAUUCCACUCAUUAGCUGCCGAACCGAGAUGAAGUUCUCACUAUUUAUAUAUCAAGUACUCACUAUUUUACUUGUACAUAACCUACAAAAUGUGUUCUCGAAGGUUUGUUUUAUAUUUAUUGAAUUUCCCAAAUAUUGAUCUACUAUAAAUUUCUUGCAGAGCAACUUUGAGAUCACCUACUCGGAGUUUAACUGUACCAAACACGAUCCAAAAGGUUACGUUGCCAAAUUAUCCUGUUAUAUAAGCAAAAACACGAAGCGCAGCAGCAUCUCCGCGGAAAUGCAAUACAAAAAGGAUAUCAAACGAUUCAGCGUAAAUCUGCACAUUGUAUUACCACGACGCCCUGUCGACUUUGUGCUGCUCAACUUAACCCGUUUGAAUGGUUGUCAAUUUAUGGCGAACAAAGAUCAAGUGCCGUUUGUGCAACUUGUGCUUAACUCAAUGAAACGUUACAGCAACUUAAUGCAGGGUUGUCCCUACAAGCGUAACACCCUGUAUUAUUUUCGGGGGUUACGCAUGGAUUUGGAUGCCUUGCCAGCUUUCGCGUUCGACACGGAUAUGAAGACGUGGCUUGACGUUUUUCACGAGGGCGAUCUACUAUUUGGUAUAUUCGUGAACAGUCGCAUUCAAAUGCGCAGGAAUGGUUAGUUGAGGGGGAGAGGGUAUUUAACGAUUGUCAGCUAAAAAUAUAUUUUUCCAGUUAAAGUUAUAAUAUGCAUUCUUAUAUUUUAGAAAUCACUUGUACGAAUUACUUUGUUAUAUAAUAUAAUAAAAUACAGGUCACUUUCACUCUUUCUUGCCUUACAUAUCUGCAGUAUACCUUAUAAAUAAUCCAGGUCGGAGUUUGGGUGUUAUUUCAGAUUUUCUGCUUGGUAGUGCUGCCUUAAUGUCACCCAUGUGCUU